AUGUCUCUUCCUUCUAUCCAAAGAGUUUUUCUUGAAUCCGUUGCAGCCGAAGACAAGGAUGGACGUUUUGUGGUAGUUAAAGAUAUCCAAAUGUAUUACAAAGUUGCAAUUCCCAAGCAACAUCAAAUCUUCCAAAAUCAAUCACCCUUACCAAACGAACCUCAUAAGCCAGUGAUUCUUUGUCUUCAUCACAUGCUAGGGAAUCAAUACACUUGGAAAUAUCUUGCGCAACCUUUAGCAGAUAUCACAGGGUGUCAUGUUAUAUCCUAUGACAGACCGGCGUUUGGAUUUACUGAAAGGCCAACACAAUGGGAAGAAAAUAAUAACCCAUACACUCAAGAGGCAUCGGUCGAACACGUUACCCAACUAGUGGAACGAUUAGGAUAUGGAGAUAGAAAAAUUAUAUUUGUAGGGACAUCCUCCGGAGCCGCAAUAAGUUGCGCGUUCGCCAUAAAAUAUCCUCAUAAAGUACAUUCUUUAAUUUUGAUGGGAGCUUCCAUUAGACCUGAAGACCAAGUUGGUAGUGAUGAUAGGUAUUUGAAUAUAGACAAACAUAUAGAAGUGUUUGAAUAUAUUAAGCUGAAUGCACCUGAGAAUGCUAUGAUAGAACUUGUCACAAUAGAAAAGUGCGGCCAUUUACCUCAGGAGGAAAAGCCACAAGAAGUUUUGAACGCACUAGUUAAUUUCGUCCAAAGAGUUGGAGUCUAA